GACCCCUAAAACACAAAAAUAAAACAACCGAAAAGGAAAUGUGAAAAAGGAAAAUGCUUUUGUGAAAUAGCGUAUAUCAUUUAUGGAACGGCACAAGCGGAAGUUUAUUUAUGCAAUCGAUUUGUGAACCUAAAAAUAGUUUAUUUAUUUAUUUGUGACAAAAAAAAAAAAAGAAAAGAUAAUAAAUAUUUUUAUCGUUUGCCAAGCGCUGAGCGAUCAAAGCGUUGGCAAAAAGAUUCAACGUUCAGAUCAAAGUGUCCCGAAAUCUUAAACAGCAAAUCAAGCGAAAAAGCCAUUCCGCAAAUUGUGUGAAAACUAUUCGAGGCAGCUGGAAAAUCCAUGUAAAUGAAAUAGAAGAAAAUGUGGCGAUUUUGGCAGAGCAUAAAACUCAAUUAACAACAAAGAAAACGCUAAGAUAAAAGACAAAUACAAAAGACAAACGUAAUGUGAAAACUUACGCUCGGCUAAAAUUAAAAUUAAAAUUGAAAUUGAAAAUUUGAAAAUAAAAAGACGAAGAACCAGCAACGAGUAGAAACCAGGGGCAAAGCAGGCGCCAUGAAGUUUCAUUUGGGCGCUUUUUGGCUAUUUCUGUUGACAGUUGGUGGCAGUCAGAAGCAAUUAAGCGAUAAUUGUUGCCACGGGCUGGCCACUUGGGGCAUUCCAGCUGUAGCCGCAGCAACUGCUGCACUACCAAAGCAAAAAUCAAUUCAGUCACCGCCAAACUUCCGCAAUGGCAGCAAGCACAACGGAAAUGAGCUGGAAAAUGCAACAAAAUUCCGUGUGGCCGCAAUGCAAACACCAGCUGAGCCAUCGCCGGUUAUUGGGGACAUAACAACAACAACAACAACAACAACAACAACAACAAGAACAACAUGGCCACCAGCUCAACCGGAUGUCACCACAUUGACGGCCAAAUCAAUCGUUCAGCUAACAUUCAAGCAAGCCAAGGCACACAAUUUGGAGCUCAGCUUUAAGGAGCGCAUGUCACAGCUAUUUGCCAGCGAAGAGUCAGAGUCCAGUCUAACAACAACAAUAACAACCACAACAACAACGUCCUCUGACAUCGAUAACAGCAGUGGAAGCGGUACGAGUACUCAUCAUCCGGAACGCCGUCAUGUGGUGCCUGACAAGCUGCAGUACACGAAAGAGUUGCAAAUCAAACAGGGUCGUCUGAUGGGCAUCACACGUCGCUUCUUGGUGACCAGUGGACUGCGCGAGGUGGAUCAGUAUCUGGGGCUCCCGUAUGCGGAGGCGCCCAUUGGCAGUAGACGCUUUAUGCCGCCGGGCGCUCCGCUGCCGUGGCAGGGACUGAAAAUAGCGCGUCAUUUGCCGCCGGUUUGUCCACAAAAACUACCGGAUGUGUCAGGACCCAGCAGCGUGAAUAUGUCACGUGGUCGUUACAAGCACUUGAUGCGGCUAAUGCCCUAUUUGAAAACCGAGAGCGAGGAUUGCUUGUACUUAAAUCUAUAUGUUCCGCACGAGGAGCCGCUGGCAAAGCCCAAGUUGCAUGCGGUGCUUGUUUAUUUGCAUGGUGAGUCCUUUGAGUGGAACAGCGGCAAUGCUUACGAUGGGUCAGUGCUGGCCAGCUAUGGCGAGGUAAUUGUGGUCACCGUCAACUAUCGCCUGGGCGUGCUGGGGUUUAUGCGUCCUGGCAUUGAUGCUCAUAAUAUAGCCAACUAUGCGCUGCUCGAUCAGAUAGCGGCACUGCACUGGAUCAAGGAGAACAUUGGCUCCUUUGGCGGCGAUAAUACGCGGGUUACACUCAUGGGCCACAGCACGGGCGCCGCCUGCGUCAAUUAUCUAAUGGUCUCACCGGUGGCAUCAGGUUUAUUUCAUCGCGCCAUACUUAUGUCCGGCUCGGCCAUGUCCGACUGGGCAGCCAGCAAUCAAUCGCUGCAAUUGACCAUGCAAAUAGCCAACGCCCUCGACUGCCCGCUGGGUGACCACGAAGAGGAUGAUGCUCUGCUCGAUUGCCUGCGCCAGCGUCGCUACCAGGAUAUCUUGCACAUACCAACAUCGUUUCAACAAUUUUCAACAUCAUUGGGUCCAAUUGUCGAUGGACACGUAAUACCAAAUCAACCAUACAAGGUCAUGGGGCAUUAUACGGAGCAUUUCAGCCGUUAUGAUUUAUUAUUCGGCAUCACGGAGUCAGAAUCCUAUCAUACAUUGGCCGCAUUAGCACUCGAGGAAGGAUUACGUGAAAAUGAACGCGAUAAUUUAUUGCGCUUCUAUAUGCAGAGUCGCUUUGAUGUACGCCCCGAUUUGGCAUUGGCUGCCACGCUAAAAAAAUACCAGGACAUGUACAACAAUCCGAUAAAGGCCACUAAUUUGGAACAUCGCGACGUUGUGCUGGAUAUACUCUCCGAUGCUCGGGUCGUCGGACCCCUGCUGCAGACGGGCAUGUUCCAUGCGGAUGUGAAUCGACGCAAUUAUAUGUACGUUUUCGGUCAUAAUAGCGCGACGGGCCCUUACGCACAUCUUCCACAUAGCAUAAUGGGCGAGGAGUUGGCUUUCGUUUUUGGUGCGCCGCUGGCGCCGGCCGGCCCAUUUUCCAGCCACAACUAUUCCGUGCAGGAAAAGCUGCUUUCCGAGGCGGUAAUGGCAUAUUGGACGAACUUCGUAAAGACCGGCAAUCCGAAAGCACCCUGGAAGGGAACAUUUUUGAAUUCGCAUCUCUUGGAAUGGGAUCGCUACGAUUUGGACUGGCCGGAGUUUAAUAAGCGUGCGCAGGCCUAUCUCAAUAUUGGGAUUCCGCCGACAGUGGGCUACAAAUACCGCCAGAUUUACAUGAAUUUUUGGAACAAAGAGCUGCCGGACGAGUUGAAUCAAAUUGCGGCAAUACAGGUGCGAGGGCAGCAACAGCAGCUGAACGGAAAUGAGGUGAUUACGGGCCAUAUGAGCAAAUACGGGGCGCGUGACAAUGGCGCCGAGGAUCCGGUGCGUACGCUGAAAUUGCUGCUACAGGAGCCGCUGGCAACGGGCAGCGAGCAGCUAGAAACCGCUGCGGAAAACAUGUACAAUGCCCCGCCCACAUUUGGUCAUGUGCAUAGGCAGCAGCAGCAACAGCAGCAACAGCAGCAGCAGGGCAUUGGCACUAAUGGUGCUGAGGGCGUGGCCAUAUCCGGCGAGGAUACGACACACAGCAAUGACUAUGGGGAGUACGGGGCGUCAUCUUCCACAGCGACGCCAGCCGAGCCCAUUGCCAAAUCCGAGACGACGUUGCAGCUGCUUAUUGCGCUCAUCGCCAUCUUCAUUGUGCUAAACGUUGCCAUCUACGCAACAUUUCUGUUGCGCCAGCGUCGGAAGCGCAACACAUCCCUGCAACGCAAGCUGGGCGGCAACAUUCUCACCUACGAUGGCGCCAACGAUGAUGAGCUGAAGCGUUGCAGCAAGUCGCGCGAUGGCGACGAUAGCUUCACCCUGGACAUGGUGCGCAAGUCCAAUACCUACGAAGCCAUCAAGACGGGCCAGCGCUCGCCAAUUAAUGGCUAUGCCAUGCACCGUCAGCUGAGCAGCUCCACGGUGGACACGCACACCAAGGUAUGCGAGUGGAUGUCCGCACAGCAUCAGCAUACGAAUUCAGGCCAUAAGCUGCCCAAAUCAGGCAGCUUUAAUACCACGCCCCCGCCGCCGCCAGCUGUGCAAUCGGAUAGCCGCAUUAUCAUAUGCCAGGACAUAGAAGUUGCGGAUGCCGCGCUGCUGACACCGCAGCAUAUGCAUGAGACGCUUGAGGGCAUGCAUUAUGAGCUGCUGCUGCAGCGCCAGCACUCGGCGCUCACAGAGCCUAGUGAAGCCACUCUGCAGCCGCAGCAUGGCCACACCUACGCACACGCCCAUUCACACUCGGAUCCGGUGGACAUGAUUUUAGCUGCUGAUGAGCAGAUAACCAGCUUUGUGCAUGCUGAUGAUGUGGACAUCAAUGUGACCAGCCGCGACGAGGAUGCACUCGUGCUGCAACCGCUAAGCGCCGCACAGCAACUGGAGCUGCUGCGUCAGCGCAACUAUCCCAAGGUAUUGCCGACGGCGCAGGAUUUGCGCACGAGUCAUAGCUACAAACGCAACUCGCUGCCGCCGCAGAAUUUUACCGCGCCGCUACCACCGCCGCGCACCAUUAGCAGCACGCUGGGCCGGCGGCGUCGAGAUAGCAGCAACAUAACCACAUCGCCGCUUAUGCUGGCACAGGACUCUGGCGAAGAGGAGCCUCGUGAGCCGCAAAUCACGCAAAAUACACUGAUUGUGGGACCCAUUGUACCCAAGUCACCAGCGGCAUCCCUUAAACGCAUCAAGCACACGUCCCCCGCGCGGGCUGAUAUGGCUACCACAGAGGUCAGCGGUGUGGCCACGGCCCUAAGUACAUUAGGCGGUUCGUUUCAGUCAUUCGAGUCGGUGCCGCCGGCGCAUGAGGCAACCCCACCACAGGGUCAACGCACCGAGUGCGUCUAUGCAAUAGCGGCGAGCGCCAGUGUCAGCUCCGUGCCAGGCAUCAGCUCGCCCAGCAGCUGGUCUGCACCGAAUGGUGAUCUGUAUGCGCAGCCAACAAAGUCCGCCUCGAGAACGUCGCUCAUUCCGCGACCGUUGCAGACAGCGCCAGCAGCAGCAGCAGCAGAGGCGCCAGCUGCGACGCAGCACGUGUCAACUGCAGCUGACUCGGCCACGCCCAGCCGCAUACCGCAGCUGCAGCGUCAGGCAUCCGGCAAGGAGCUGUCGCCUGUUGACGGCCAGCAGACAGUAGAUGCCACAACACCAACAUCAAAUUCACGCGUCGGCUCCACCAUCUCAAGUGAUUCAUCCGCUUCGGCUGCCUCCUGGCGCAACUCCACGACGUCUUCGUCCUCGUCGUCGACGGGCACCGUGCGAACGGAACUGCAGCAUUGCCAGCAGUCUGGGCGCACUAUUGCCACUCACAUAUAGUAGUCGUAGACGCCAAGCAGAGCUCUCAAUUUGACACCAUUAACGGACCCGCUGUGCCGAGCAGGGCCUCGAAAUGCAACGACAGCACCAGAUUUUGGAUUCCAGUGCAAUGAGAGUCGGCUGCCAAAUCCUUUGACGGCUUGUGGCUUGAACUGCAGUGAAAGCCACUCACGCGCGGCAAUACGCUCGCAAUUUUCAAGUGUUUGCGAAAAUUUAAUAAUACAUUUUGGUCGAAAGUUUAUCUUUGACUUGGCGGUUGGAUUGCACAAGCGGAAUCCUUCAGCGGGCGCACCAGGAUCUGCUGCAGCUUGCGGUCGCAUUGGUUGGCAAAAGUUUUGUCCAAAUUCCAGUUUCGUUUAAGCUCUCAUUCAAAUGAGAAGGCACAAAAACCGAAACAGCUAACGAAAACCCUAGUAAUAUGAGUUGUGAGUUGAAUUUUAUGAAAGAGAUUCCGAAAAAUUAUGGGAAAGGUCUUAAAAAAAAUGUAUUUUAAUUAGUUAAUUGAUUUAAAAAUGGGUCGAAAAGCAAAAAGCAAGAUAUUAUGUGCGCAAUAAAAGUAUGUCAAGCAUAGUUUACUGAUUUAGGCAAAUAAAAAUCGAAGAGUAAAUUAAAAUUAACUAUAAUAUGCUUAACUCUAUCAGGAUAAUUAAGAUAUUAUAUGUAUAUGAUGCUUUAAAUAUAUGCUGAUAAAAAUUGUUUAAGAAAAUCAAACUGAUAUCAAGAAUAUUUCAUUUGAAAAUAUUCUCUGUAUUAGUUCUUAGUUAAAAAGUUAAAUAUAUAGAUAUGUAUAGGAAGGGAACAUAUAUAAAUAGUGCAUGUAGUCACACCAUAGGUAGAACAUUUUAGUUCUAGAGCGCAAAAGAAGAAAACUAACAAAGUUCAGCUACAACGCAGCCUGAUUUUAGUUUAUAAGGAAAUCGUUAAACAAGUAUUAUGGGAAGAUUAAAUGGCAGCUACGAUAACUACGAUAAUGAUAGCCUCUAUAACUAAGCAUAAUUUAUAAAUAACGUAAAUAAUAAUUAAGCAACUUUGUGUUUAAGUACAUAAUCAUGUAGAAAAGUUCGACUUAUUUAUUUACGCAAAUUGAUAAUUGGGAAGAAAAAAACUUUACCGUUGCCUCUGCUUGUGCCUUGUUACCUGCAAAUAAGCCCGAACAAUGCGCAAUUUUAUCGACUACAAAUUGGCCCAAAACUCUUGUGUCAGCAAUUUGGCAAAUAAGAGCUUCUUAUAUAACCAACAGCAGCCAAUACAAUGAGCACAAUUUUCCGGGUGCUGCCAACUUAAUUUGAAGUCCUGACUAAAUCUCAAGCAAUGUCAACAUUGGUACAGUGGCAAAUAUUUCAAAUAUUUUCAGAUUUUCUGUGAGUAUUUCUUGCCGCAGGGAAUUACAUCAAACUUGUCACCACAAAAUAGUUUCCAAGCAGUUGCCUAAACUCUAUCCAAGCUGGAAUAAAGUUUUGCGACUGGCUUUUAUCCUGGGCCUUUGCCUUUGUGGCACAUUACUUUUUGGUCUUUCAGCGAAUUGAAUUAUUGUGUCGCCGUUUUCUUUUUCCAAGGGUUCAGGGUUUUUGGUUUUUUUUUUAUGCAAAUUGCUGUCAUGCAGUUGGCGCGUUUUUAUUCCGCUUGGAACAGAACAAAAACCUUGGCCAAAAAGUAAAAGAAUGUUUUUUAGGACAAAUUGAAAUCCUUGCUAUAAACACAACCAAAACUCAGAACGCACAAAAGUUGUAAUUAAAUUGUGCGCCCAAUUGAAUUGUUUGGCGGCAAGGUGCAAAGGAAAAGUCCCGUUCGCAUUUUCAUAAUUCCUCUUUACGCAUUAAUAUUUGUUUUACGCUAAUUUUGUUAAGUUCUUUCCUACUUCAUAAGCUGGUCUCCCCCCACGCCCCUAGUUGGCACUAAUUGGUGUACACAGAAACUUGUCGGUAUAACAAGGGGGCAGCAUAUAAAUUGGUUAAGAAGAUCUGUAGCGUAGUGUCAACACGAUUGACACAUAUUUGCACUUCAAAGAGUGGCAAAGCGGGGGGUAUGACAUCCUGUGGCUUCACAUAUGACUGACUCGAUUUCCAGCUGUUCGCAUUUGCCUGCUGGUCGGCUCUGUGUUAAUUUGCUGCAAUUGCCAAAUGCUUCAAGCGUUCUCUACACUCAAUUUCAAAGCACAUUUCCCACAAUGCUUUUCACUUGCUUCUCAAUUUUCUCGGCAUGUGGGUUAUUGUAUUUCGAGUAUUUGCCUUUGUGCAUUGUUGAGUCUUGUGAAUCAUGGGCAGAGUUUGAAGCAUUUGGUUAAUUAAAUCAAACCAGACGUAAAGAAAAUAACAACUUAUAAAGCUACUAUGCAAGUGAAAAUAAGGCAAACAAGGGAUUAGCCAUCAGUGGAAAAAUGUAUCCUCAGUUCUCUUUUAUCAGUAUUUCGGAGUAACGGUUUGACUCCUUCCUUUGUUCUGCUUUCUAUGAAAAUAAGAUAUGUAUAAAUCAGUUUUUCAUGAUUUUCCACCAAAUUUCACAUUGUAACGACAUUCGUUUGUAAUUUGCGAAAUACUUCUUUAAAACUUAACCGACACCCACUAAAGUUAAUCAAAGUUUCUAACCAAAAAAAAGAGACCCACAAAAACCUCUAGAUGAAGAAGCCAAAUUAUUUACCUAAAUUGCCGACAGCCACAAAUUAGUUUGAGCUCAAGAGAAGAUUAAAAUGAAAUUCUAUGAGAUUGCUUAGCUAUUUCCACAUACACAAAGAUGCGAAGCGAUUCAGGGAAAUAACUUGUAGAUAAGUGGAUGAACAUCCACAUAUACACAGAAAGACAAGUGCAGGAGCCAUAACUAAAACUUUUUCGAGAUGGGCAAAAAUGCAAGCAUAUAACAAUUGAAUAGAACAAUUUUUGGCCAAGGUUUUGAUUUAUAGUUGACAAUUUUUACCCAAUGUAAGAUUAUUAUGUUUUUUGUGGCUUGCGGAAGGAACCAGAAGGAACAAUUGAAAAUCGGUGCCAAAGGGGUGACAUGAAAAAUAAAAUAAAUAUUUAUUGCAGUUUAAUAUAUAAUCGCAUUAAAUUUAAACUGUCAGCGGGAAAAAAGAAAAAAGCUUAAGUAAAAAUUAUUCAAAAUAAAUUUGCAUUAAUUAAAUACGACAGGGUGGUGAAUAAUGAUAAUUGCAUAUAAUAAAUGCAUAUGCGAUGAUAUUUUUGUGGUAUGUCUGUACACAAAUUAAGCGGCUUAAAAACGUCAUGACUAAUUAAUGCACUUUAUAAUUAGUAUUAUAAGUUUAAUAUCAUUAAGCUUAUUUUGUACUAUUAAGUUGCACAUGCAUAUACAAUUAAAUGCCAACAGGGCCAACAGCUUAAAUUCAAUAGCAUUCAGCAAUAAACUGGUUAAACAUUCCACAAUAUGACAGGACCCGAUCCCCAUUUAUGCAGAAAAUUAAAAAUGAUAUAUUUAAAAAAUGGUGGGCAAAGGCAAAUAUGCAAAUUAUGUUGUCUCAUGUAGUUCACUUUAUAUGAUGAUGACUAUUGUUUUAUUUAUAUUUUUAUUUAAUUGAUAAUGUGCUUGUGCAUUGUUUGACUUUUUAAUGAAAAUUUUCAUAAUUUUAUGAAAACGAAAUCAACAAAGGACACAACAUAAACAUGUGUAAAUUAUUUAAAAGCCAACAAUUACUAUAAUCUGUAUCUGUAUGUGUAAAACAAAAAAUAUUAAAAAAAUUAUUGAAGCUGAAAUAAAGUACAUUCUACAUUUAUCAAGGA